AUGCAGAUCUCACCACCCCGCAACGCCCACACCUUUUCCAAUAAGCGAACGCUCAAAUCCUCUCCUUAUCCGAACCUCUACGCCUCUUCUCGAUCCAGACAAGCAUCCUCAUCAUCAUCUCUUCGCAUUCCUCUCGCGGCCACGAACCGUAACGCACGAGAACGAGCUCCGAUUCGACAGGUGCAACAACACGAGUCGGAAGUUAGUAUUAUUGUAACGACGUGGGAUGAUGAGGGGAAGUGUUGGUAUCCGGUAGAGGCUUAUGGUCCUAUCGGGGAGCAAUUGAAUAAAUUUAUCGAAGGCAGAAGAAGGGCUAAGGAAAUGAGUGAGAGGAAGGAGUAA